AUGGAACGGACUGCACCGCUGACGUUUCUGCCGUGGUUGCGAUACGCACCUCCUGAUGGAUUCGGCUAUUGGAAAAUGAAAAAGCAAGCCGCAGAAGUGCAUCAAAUGAUGAGGGAUGAGCUUGAACAACGGCUGCAAUCACAAGAUUAUAAGGAUGAAUCAAAAAGCGAUUUGACGAGUGUGUUACUGCGGAAAUUAGAUGAGGUUCGAUCGGACAGAUCGGCCACUGUUAUCGAGCAACGUAAUUUCAAUGAAGAUAGGAUUGCAAUGCUCAUGACUGAGAUGUUCUUUGCUGCAAUUCAAACUGAAUGCAACACAUUCGGAUGGGCAUUCCUCUACUUCAUCGAGCAUCCUCAGGUCCAACAAAAGUGUCGUCAACAAAUUCUUGCCAAGUUCGGUACUGAAAGUCGAGUACGUUGGUCGGAUCGAGUCCAUCUUCCAUAUGUAGAAGCAACGGUUUUUGAGGUGCAGCGAUGCGCGAAUAUUGCACCGUUUAGUGUUUUUCACAGGAAUUAUCACGCCACCACUCUUGAUGGCUAUUAUGUACCGGCUAAUUCAACUAUUCUGAUGAAUCUGUACUCAACAUUGAUGGAUCCGAAUUGCUUCCGAGGCGAGCUUCACUUUUCUCUUUAUUUCUUCCACUUCUUUCUAAAAACUUUCCUUUACCCGCAUGCGUUUAAGCCAGAACGAUUCCUGGACGACAAUGACGAGCUGUCCUUCAGAAAAAUGCACGGUCUCUAUUUGUACGGCCUAGGGAAGCGAAUUUGUAUGGGUGAAAGUAUUGCCAGAUGUGAAUUGUUCACUGUGAUUUGUGCUCUUUUACAACGAUAUCGAUUCCGAAAAAUUCCGGAACGAAGCUAUUCGCUGGAGAAGAAGAUGGAACUAACAAUUCAUGCGGAUCCGUAUGAGUUGUUGGUGGAGCCCUUGUAG